AUGGAUGAUUUAUUAAUUAUGAGUUCUAUGUUUUCAAGAGAAAUUCAUUCGAAAUAUUUCGCUUCCCGAUUAAUUCUCGGAAUUGUAGUUUUCCUGUGGUCUAUCGCCUCCGCUGUUGCAUUUACACUGUUUUAUAUGCUAUACAAAUGGAUAUCGCUGAUUAUGACAGUUAUGAUUACAACUUUAAUUAUCGUGGCGGCUUUGAAGCUGCCAACUUUAAAUGAAAAGACUCUGAUAUUAUCCAUUCUGCCAACAGUUCUAUUUGGUUAUUUUUAGUCAUAGUAAGUUCGUGAUUAUAUCAGUAUUUUGAAUUCUGUUUUCCUCGAAAUCACAGCUGUUCGAUGAAGAUAAGUUACUGUAGGGUAUAUCUACAAUGCCUAUAAAGCUACAAAUGAACUUAAAUAAUUUUUUUCAAUUCAUUAGAAUGUGGGACAAACGAAUAUGUGACUAGAUUCGACUUAUCAUUACUGAGAUUAUCACUUUCAAAUUAUUUGCUUGAAGGCAACUAAUAAUGGCAUAUUUGACACAAACUUCAGGUGGGAAAUCUCGGCAAGAUAUGAACUAAUUAUCUCAGUGCAUAUAUAUAUAUAUAUAUCCGAGUACCACAAAAUCACUAUAGACUUCAAAAUACUGUUAGCUUUGUGUACACUUCACUUGGUGAAUACGUUAAUAAGGUCAGCACGUUAGAAAUAAGACUUACGUGAUGUACAAUAAUGAUUUCUGCAUAGCUACAAAUACUUGUAUUUCUGUUCUCUGUCCCAAUCAUUUUCGUUUCUUCACCUUUUAGCUAAUGUUUAUCUUCGUCAGUCUUCGAAAGUCGAUAAUAGCAUUUUUCACAGCCGAUUCCGCAGAAUUUAUUAUAUCUUUCUUUGUUUGGUUUUUAUUCAUUUGCCAAUUCACACAAACAUAUGCAACUUUCAAAUUAGACAAGGUUCAAAACUGAUGUAAUAAAAUAUAAUGAAAAAUAAUUUUUCCAACAAUCAAUUUACCCUUUAUUCAUUUUUCUUGCGUUAAACUACACCGUUUCUAACAGUUAACAAGAUAUUAUUACUGCAAAUAAAUUUAUUGUUUUUGGUAUUAUAGCUUGACUUCACACAGUAAAAUUAUGAAGUUCUCAACAUAUGAUAUCGGUAGCCUAAAUAGGACUGACCGAUCAUAGAUAUCAGGUGUGCGUCAGCCGAAAAUUAAAUCCCC